CAGUGUUUGGCUGCACUAGGGCAGGGAGGGAGGGACGUCGCUGUGGCUCUUGUAGGGAACUCACGAUGGCCCCUAACGACGAAAAGGACGCACCUCUCCUGCCCUGGGACAACUUUAGCAACUGGGUCCAUGCAAUCUGUGUAGUGACAUUCGACCUGGAGUUGGGCCAGGCCAUGGAGUUGAUCUACCCAGCAGACAGAGAGCUGAGUGAACGGGAGCGCACAAACAUUUGCUACUUGGCGUUCCCGGACAGCAACUCUGGUCUUAUGGGCAAUGUGCAGUUUCAUUUCCGUAUCCGCCAGUGCCCACAGUCCAUCGCUCUCAACCCUCGGCCAGCCUUCCAUGCUUUCAACUCUACCUGCCCCACAAGCAUACAGUCAGAGGAUGGCUACCUGUAUGGCUAUGUUUACUUCAGGCAGGUGAAGGACCGCACACUGAGGAGAGGUUACUUCCAGAAGAGUGUUGUGCUGCUGUCUCACCUGCCCCUGGUGUCCCUCUUCACCACGGUGCUAGAGUUGGUUGCUCCAGAGUACUUUGACACAGGUGAGGCUAGCCUGGAAGCAGCUUGCCACCAUCUUGACCAGUGGCCUCCCCCAACCCCUGGCACUUCCCUCAGCCUGCCACUGCUGGGCACUCUGAUUCAGGUUCGAAUACCAAGUCGACAAGACAAACCUGGGUCAGCCUCCCUCACACCAUCCUCACCCUCACACACCUCACCAGGUCCACCAACAGUCCUUGUUCCAGCACCACAUGAGACUGAGGCAUUCCGAGUCUUGGCGCCUGUGUUGCCUCACUUGAAUCUGCUGUGGGAGUUGGUGAUCACUGCUGAGCCCCUGGUGGUGAUGGCCCAAUCACCCACCACAGCUGCCAAUACUGUGCAGACACUGGUCAGCCUAAUAGCUCCUCUCAAGUUCAGUGGAGACUACCGGCCAUUUUUCACCAUUCACGACUCAGAGUUCAAGGAAUACACCACCAGGACCUCAGCACCUCCCAACGUCAUCCUGGGAGUCACCAACCCUUUCUUUGCCAAGACGCUGCAGCACUGGCCUCACAUUAUCAGGAUAGGGGAGAGCACAGGUUCUCCCAGUACACAGAAGCACAAGAUAAAAAAGGCAUCCGCCCUCAAGACUGUGGAACAGAAGCCCGGGAUGUACACCAAGUACAAGCCUCACCUGCAGGCAGAUAAGGGCCUAGUGAAACGGCUGCUCAAAGGUGUACAGACUGGCCGGCCUGUGGAAGUACAGACAGCUUUGCUGCGCCGCCACUUAUUGGAGCUGACACAGUCCUUCAUGAUUCCUUUAGAGCGCUACGUAGCCUCCCUUAUGCCCUUGCAGAAGAAUAUUUGCCCAUACAAGGCAAUACCAAGUUUACGUCCAUUCAAUCCAGACGACUUUUUGGCCACUCUGGAGUUGUAUGGACCUCAGCUGACCAGUGGCAUCCGAGGAGACUGGGAGGGCCUGUACCGCAGGUUUUUCAGAUCUGUAAACUUCUCAGUGUGGUUCAAUGCUAGAUACCAAGAGGUGUCAGAUAAACUGUCAGCACUUCACAUGCAGGCAUUAUGUGAUGCGGAUUUGGGCCGGUGGGUAAACAGCCGCAGUGAGGUGGAAGUGGUGGACAUGGUGCUGAGGCUGCGUUCCAAGCUAACAGAUGCAGACAUGCUGCCAGUGAGCCAGCACACCAGGGAGCAGCUCCAGGCACACCUCAACACACUCUUCAUGGCACUCCCCGAGGACCUGCGCUCAGUUCUUCAUGCCAGCUGAGGCCACAAUGAUGUUUGCUAUUUAGCAAAAUUUUUAUAAUGACAUUUGUAUACUGUAUUUUCUUAUACACUUGUUGGGUAAUCUCCAUGAGAUGAGUCGUGCUACUAGCCUUCAUCCAUUAUGUUAUUUCAGCAUAUCAUGUAAGAUCUCUUUCUGGCCUCUAGUGGGCUACAUGAUGGUUUUCAGGAUGAACUGCUAGAAAACCAGUUCUGUGGCUGGAAGGUGUGGAAGGAUUUGUGGUGCAAACCAGAAAUUGCUCCUACCAUUGUGAGGUUAGCACGCAGUCAUGUCCAUCAUCCUUGCAAAAAUUCUUUAUCAUUAGUUCUCCCAUCCAUCAAUAUUUUUCCUUUAAUCAAAACAUUUAAUUUAGAAACGUUAUGACGCCUUUAUACCACUUCAUAAGGCAUCCAAGGUAUUAUAAAAAGCCUCAAGUGCCUUUAUUCCUCCAUAAUAACUAUGGACUGUUUUUGCCUAAUUGCUUCUUUAAUUUUCUGUAAUACAUCUGAAUACUGUGCUAGAAUUUGUCAUAGCUUUUACUCUUCAGCAACAUGAAAGAAUUAAUUAAACUACUAUUGCUGCAGAGAUUAUCAAGCUGUGAUCUGCAGGUCAGUGCUAUGAAGUAUUAGUAUAGUUUGUUGGUAACAGUUUGCUAUUAAUUGUAAGUAGAAUAUUUUAUUCUAAAUUAUUUUCUUCUUAAUGUCCAAGGAAACCCUAAUCAGUGGAUCAUUACCGAGGUGCACAGGAAUCCUGAGUGGAAUGUUCAGUGUCUGUGUGUUGACUUUGCCUAGACCAAAGUAUUUCUGUUUUAAUAUAUAUAUAUAAUAUUAAGUGCCAAUAUUUUAUUUUAAGUAGUUAAUGAUUGAUAAUGUAGAUAUUUUUGAGUUUUUUUUUGUGAUGGUUUAUUGUAGCAUAUUAAUACAAAUAUUUAAUUUAUCAGCAAUCUCUUUAGUUAUAGAAGUUUAUAUAAUCAACUUAGAGGAGAGGAUGUGAAGAAACCUGACUUGCUGUGACUAAAUCAAGCAUGCAGCCAAAAGUCUACAUUUCUAAUAUAUAGUACUAAAAGUUCUGCUUUGCCAUUUAUAUUUAUUCAUCAUCUGAUCAUGUAAAUAACCCUUUUGCCUAAAGAUAACUGCAGGAUUCCUCUUUUCUUUUAAUUAUAUUCUUUGUGAUUUGAUAAGUGCAAGAAAAGUGUUUACUCAGGACAUUAGGGUCAGGUUCCUUGGAGUGAGUUUUUGAAAGUGAGAUGUACCACAAGUCAGAGACAUUAGGGUCAGGUUCCUUGGAGUGAGUUUUUGAAAGUGAGAUGUACCACAAGUCAGAGUAGUGCAUCAUUCACUACCACCACUUUACAACAGUUGAUAAAAUGUAGUUUUACUGUAGUUGUUAUGAAGUAAAGACAACAUAAGUAUGGGGUCUGGAUUAUGUCAAAGGGGUAGAGAAAGGAAAAAACAUAAAUGUUUAAAAGCAACAAACUGUAUGGAGAGGGAUGAUAAAGUUGCAGAAGAUGAAUAAGAUCUUAUGGCAUGGAAGGAAAACUAAAGAAACUAUUAUUUUCAUGUUUUGACCCAUGCAGUAAAGAGUAAUGCAGUUUAACAAUUACAAAUGUAUACAGCUGUAUGGAAAUUCUGUAUGGGUGAAUCAGGAAAAUGUGAAUUAUUUAAAUUUCCCCAACAUUGGAAUGAAGAUAAGUUUGUGAAACGUGUCUUUAAGAGAACUGACCAAUUUGAAAAUUGAAAAAUUACAAAAAAUGCAAGAAUUGUCUCAUGUCACUCUUUGGUUUAGGGCUUCACAAUGCAUGUAUAAUAAAUAGUUCAUCAUUCAUGUUUGAAUUAUCAUAAGAGUCCCCUUGGGGAGACGGCUGUAUAAGUUUUUUAUUAGAAAUUAUAAAGUUUUAUGAGGAAAAAGAUUUCUUUAUGAUGGUGUAUGGAAGUUUCCUCUCAGCCAUUGUAAAAAUCAUGUACAAUGUUCAAUUUAAGAGAUUCCAGAUGCCAGUGAAACCAGUUCUGUCACUCCAAUAUUAUGGCUCAAGAUCAUAUCCAACUUAAAGGCUAUAAAUUAUAAUAAUUGGUACCUAAAAUCAGAAUCAAACUUAAAAGAAAUAAAUUAUAAUAAUUGGUACCUAAAAAUUCUACUGUUAUAGAGCUGUACAUGAAUGAAAAACACACAAGUGUGCCUUGAAACUUUAAAACCUUGUAUCAGAACUGACAUAUUGCACUUGUGAGCUGUACUUCUCUGCAAUUUAUUAUCCAAUUUUUAUGAUUCUGGUGUCAUCAGAGAGGGAAUUAGAAUAACCAAAAACAUGGAGACAUUCUGUGUGUGUAGUUUUUUUUUUUCUUUAGCUCAGAAGAAAAAGAUUAUUUUUUCUCAACAAAAACCCCUAACCAAAAUUGUUACAUUUUUUUAGAGUCAUCAAAGUAUCUCAUGACAAGUUUUAAGGAAAAUAAACUUGAUAACAAACCCAAUUUUUCAUACUUAAAUUUUUUUAAGAAAAGUAGCUAUAUAAAAGAACUUUAUAUUUAUAUCUUAUGAAAACUUUGUGCAGUUUGGUUAGUAAAUAACAAAAAAUUAAAUUGAACUUGGUCGGUUCCUUGAAGUGAAAUGAAUAGUUAAGUGUGAGAAGAGAUCAUAUAAAGUGGAUGAAUGAGUAGAGUGAAUAUUGGAGAAUGGAUAAUAAAUGAAAGAAUGUGGCACUGAACACUACCCCUGGUGUUCUGAAUGAUCAUACCCUGUGUUAUCCAGUCAAAAUGGUUACACAGGCUUUGUAGAUUUUGAGUGGUAGUUAGCUGGCAAAAGAAAACAUGAAAGCAAUACAUAUUGAAAACUUGCAGUACAUAAGGAUUCGAUGUUAGUGAAGUUGAUAUUCAAGAGAUGCUGCAGUAAAUGGUGCAUGUGAAUAAAUUGAUAUGGAUUCAGAAUAGAUCUGUAUUCAGGGAAUGCAUGUAUGGGUCAAUGAGUGAAUGUGUACAAGUUGACAAAGGUAUCAGAAUGUAAAAUUUAUGCUUCUAAGAAAAAAAUGUGGCUUUGGAGAUUGCCUAUGUUCUAGAUGAAUGGCAUGAGAAGGAUAAUGAGGGUAGUUGUAGGUGAUGGAUGUUGUAGUAAUACUUAUGUGUUGGUGGAUGUAACAGUAAAAAUUUGGUACAAGUCCUUAGUUCGAUGAUGUGAUAAGCUAGGAUAUAUUUGUAUGUAAGCAAGAAGUAAUGGAUAAAAUGUGGAAUACCACAGCCAUUUGAAUACCUUGAAGAGUGAUCACUUUGUAUAGUGAUUGUGUAUCAAAAUUCAUUUUAAUUUUAUUGGACUCCAUUGAAAAGGCAUUUUAUUUUUUUAUGAAACAUGAAAGCUUAUAGAGUAAUGACUGCUUUUAUAUUUUUUUCUUUUUUAUGCAUAAUUUUCACGUAGUAUCAACAAGUGUUGUGGGGCUAACGCUAUUGUUUGUGCUUGAACAGGCAGGAUGCUUUUGUGAUAGCAUAUCUGAAUGAGGCCCAUGCUGCUUGCUUGAAUAAAUCUCUGGACACAAGUCAGACCAUAACCAAUAGGUUUAUAGGUCACAUGCAUCACUUUUGAACUUUGAAGUGACGUGUGUAAACCCUAUCCUUUGUAUGUGUGUCUGUACACUUGCCACUGUAUGGGAGUGAUUUGACUCACACUUAUGUAUGAUAAAAACUAGUGUCAUCAAAUCUUGAACUUAUUUUUAGAUAUUGAUGCUUGUUUUUAGUGUUCAAAUCUUUUAGCCAAAUUUACAGCAUGUUUAUUUCAGUCACAAUCAUUGCAUUUUGUCAUGCUAGUUAGAAUGCUAUCGGCCAGUGCAAUGCUGAAUGAGAUUCACCAUGUUCAUAGUAAAUUACUACUUUUUGAUCUUUCAGUUUCAGGCAUGAUAGUCUUGACUAACUGCAGUUUGGUAAGACCUGUCAGGAGUUUUCACUUCAGUAUUAAAACUCAAUUUUGCAACACUAUUUAUGAUGCUUCCAUUUCUCUCAGAGACAUUGCUUAAGGAGCAUUGAUUAUAUUACUCUUGAUCUACAUUAUAACCGUCCACACAUCCGGUUCUAUAUACUAAUUGCUAUAAAAAAAAAAUCUGAAGUGCAAGAUUUAAUCUCCUGAAACAGUCACUGACUGCAAAUUGUUUUGAGUAGAAUCAGCACAGAUCUCCCGGCUUUUUUUCAAUGAAGCCUAAGGGAGAAACUUCACUAAAGUGUGGGUAGUAAUAAAGAAAAAGCUCAGUACUAUAAUAAACUUUGCAAUAAGGUGAUUAACCUGGUUGUUAUUCACUUCCAAAGACUCAGCUUCAGUAAGCAAAAGAGUUUGUAUCAAGCAUGUGCCAUUGGUGUGUGUGUUUGUCAGAAAUUUUUAUGAUGCCAAAUUUUAAUGACAAUCAGUUCAGGAUAUUUCAACAAAUAAGUCCAAUUAUUUGGAUAUUAGUAUAUAAUAAAAUAUUAUUUGAAUGUGCAAGUGGAUUUAAGCAGGUUUGACUGACUUUCAAUAUGUAACCUUUUGAAUGAAUGAGGUGUUCAAGAGUUAUUAUUUUAGAUGUUGUACAUCGCAUUUUGUAAUACUCACAUCAAAUGAAUAUAUUUUUACAGAAA